GGACACGGUUACUUUGUGGCUGUCAAUUUUACCAGAGGCCCGAGUGGGUAGCGCUACAUUGUCUGGGGUGGCGGCUGCUACGACAGCGGAGAGAUGAGGCAGAAGCGGAAAGGAGAUCUCAGCCCUGCUGAGCUGAUGAUGCUGACCAUAGGAGAUGUUAUUAAACAACUAAUUGAAGCCCACGAACAGGGGAAAGACAUCGAUCUAAAUAAGGUGAAAACCAGGACAGCUGCCAAAUAUGGCCUUUCAGCACAGCCUCGCCUGGUGGAUAUCAUUGCUGCAGUCCCACCUCAGUAUCGAAAGGUCUUGGUCCCCAAGUUAAAGGCAAAACCCAUCAGAACUGCCAGUGGGAUUGCUGUUGUGGCUGUCAUGUGCAAACCCCACAGAUGUCCACACAUCAGUUUUACAGGAAACAUAUGUGUAUACUGCCCUGGUGGACCUGAUUCAGACUUUGAAUAUUCGACCCAGUCUUAUACUGGAUAUGAGCCAACCUCCAUGCGAGCUAUCCGUGCUAGGUAUGACCCUUAUCUACAGACAAGACACCGAAUAGAACAGUUAAAACAGCUUGGUCACAGUGUGGAUAAAGUGGAAUUUAUUGUGAUGGGUGGAACAUUUAUGGCACUUCCAGAAGAAUACAGAGAUUAUUUUAUUCGAAAUUUACAUGAUGCCUUAUCAGGACAUACCUCCAACAAUAUUUACGAGGCAGUCAAGUAUUCUGAGAGAAGCCUCACAAAGUGCAUCGGAAUUACUAUUGAGACCAGACCAGAUUAUUGCAUGAAGCGGCAUUUAAGUGAUAUGUUGACUUAUGGCUGCACAAGGCUGGAGAUUGGGGUGCAGAGUGUCUAUGAGGAUGUGGCCAGAGAUACCAACCGGGGCCACACUGUGAAGGCGGUAUGUGAGUCCUUUCACCUGGCCAAAGAUUCUGGUUUCAAAGUUGUGGCUCAUAUGAUGCCCGAUCUGCCAAAUGUGGGACUAGAGAGAGACAUUGAACAAUUUACAGAGUUUUUUGAGAACCCUGCUUUUCGUCCUGAUGGUUUGAAACUCUACCCUACCCUGGUGAUUCGUGGAACUGGGCUUUAUGAGUUGUGGAAAUCGGGAAGAUACAAGAGUUAUUCUCCCAGUGACCUGAUUGAAUUGGUGGCCCGGAUCCUUGCCCUCGUGCCUCCGUGGACUCGAGUGUACCGGGUGCAGAGAGAUAUUCCAAUGCCCUUAGUCAGCUCAGGAGUAGAGCAUGGUAACUUGAGAGAGCUGGCAUUUGCAAGAAUGAAAGACCUUGGAAUACAGUGUCGAGACGUGAGAACCAGAGAGGUUGGAAUCCAAGAAAUUCAUCACAAAGUGCGUCCAUACCAGGUUGAAUUGGUAAGAAGAGAUUAUGUUGCAAAUGGUGGCUGGGAGACAUUCUUAUCCUAUGAAGACCCCGAUCAAGACAUUUUGAUUGGCCUCCUGAGAUUACGGAAGUGCUCAGAGGAGACAUUCCGUUUCGAAUUGGUCGGCGGGGUGUCCAUAGUCCGAGAGCUGCAUGUGUAUGGAAGUGUCGUCCCCGUCAGCAGUCGGGAUCCCACUAAAUUUCAGCAUCAGGGAUUUGGCAUGCUACUGAUGGAGGAAGCAGAAAGAAUAGCUAGAGAAGAACAUGGAUCUGGGAAAAUAGCUGUUAUAUCAGGGGUUGGCACCAGGAAUUAUUACAGAAAGAUUGGCUACAGAUUGCAAGGUCCGUACAUGGUAAAAAAUCUAAAAUAACUGCAACACCAGCGCACCUUGACACCUGUCCUCCCUGGCAGAAAACAGAGAUUCAGGAUGUGUUGAACACUCAGCACAGAGGCUGAGCGAAGCACAUGGACCUCCCUGACCCCCUGACAAGGAGCCUCCCCCUCGCCCUCCCGCUGGAGCCACAGAGACUGGAAGCCGCACUCAGGGCCGGGCCGGGUGUCUGCUGACCAAGCCUACGGAGCCUGGGCGCUCAGAGCCCCCGCACCGCGCCCUCCUGCAUGUUCUCAAGACGUCACUUCCGUUUCGAGGCUUAAGUCCUAUAUCCAAUUUCUAAAUUCUGCAUGAGGCCUGCAAGUGACCUAACCAUGACUCAGGCACAGUGACAAAAGCAAACUGAUCAUCUCAUUUGAACUGCAUGGUUCAUGAACUAAAAACUGGCUAUGUCAUUUGAGGAGGACACAUAGUUUCUAUCAGCAGGUUAUUUAUAUCCAGUUUCUAUCAGCAGGUUAUUUAUAUCCUGUACAGACAAAGCGCCAGGUUGGGACAUGUGAAAACUGUCACGUUGAUCUCUGACCUAUAACUACAUAUGCCUUCCAGCACAGGUUAAGAAAAUGAGCUUUUCUUUUCACGGACAUCAUUCUGGUUUGAAAUAACAGUGUGAUGGGGAGAGAAGAAGCAAGAUUGUAGGCUUAUGUUUCAAGCUUGAAACCAGCCUUUCACAUUUUUAAUCGUCUGUACUUUGCGCACUCUUGACAAUUGCAAAACACCGUGGGCGGCACUUUCUCCCAGAGAGGCGUUUGGCUUCCCCAUUGGUGUGUCCUGAGCAGGCAGAGUCUGCUGUGCAUGUGUCUGGGUUUGGGUGACAUCUGUGGAUGUCAAGAGGCACAUCCACAGGUGCUGUUCCCUUUAUUUUAAUUCUUUAAAUCGAUUUUGGUUUGUUUUAAACGGAGAAAAAUCAGGGUUAAACUUUUUUGUGAAAGCAAAAAAAUGGAAAACAGGCCCAAAUCUAAAACUAGGAAAGAGACUGGCUUUUUCAAAGUUUCAUCUUUAUAGAACUGCCUCUAUGUAACUUCCAGGUAAUCUAAGGAGACUCAGCCUGGAGAGGGUCUGUUCUUAAGAACAUAGCUUAACCCUGCAUCCCUUGGCUUCUGUGGCAUUUUACAAAGGUUUAUUAAAUAGAAUUGAUUCUUCUAAAGGUUUGAAAAAUAAAAUCUUCAACAUACAAGGAAGAAUCACGUAAGGUUUUUUCCUCUCCCUGUAAACGCAGUGACAUUUGCCAUGAGCUUACGGGUUUGGGUUUCCUGCCCGGGGCACUGUUUGUUUCUUCCUGGGUCCUGUUUGCCAUUUUGUUAAACUGCUACAAGGCAAACGGCGUUGACAUCCUGUGGGCUCGCUGUGGCACUGCAGAGGCUUCCUGUGAGUGCCAUUUAAGGAAGUCAGCUACUUCUCCAUCUUGAGCCAAACUGACAAUUAUAGCCCAGAACACAGCCUCUCAGAUAACUGAGGAACUGCCCCAGAGAAGCGUGGUUUUCAGCACAGUCUUGGGGGAAAAAAAACCAAAAAACAAAAAAGAUCAGCACGUACACAGCGAGUCAGUAUGCUCUUGGCACCUGGGAAGGAAGUCUUGUCAUGGAAGGAGUAUCGGCAUUGGCUUCCCAGCCAGAGAGGCAUUUAAUCUUCAUGUUGAACGUCGACAUUCUUCCAGUCAGUGCGCCCUUUUCUUUAAUAAUUAAAGCAGAUGUACAGUGUAUGUUUGAUAGGCCACAAACAGGCUGUUCUGUUUAGCAUCAGAUUCAAGUUAACUCAUGGAUAAGCCAGAAUGACUUCCCUAGACCUCGAUAUGUGAACAUUUCUUUUACCGAGCCUUUCUGCCGCUACAAGCUUCAGCUUCUCCCCUGACUGCCAAGCACUGUCCCCGGCAUCUGUGGUGCCUGGCGCCUCCACAGCCCGGCUGGCCUGGCUCUCCUAGAGAUUACGUGCACUGGCUCAAAUGACCACCUCGUGAGAAAGAUCAGUUAGGCAGGAUCCUGUCGGCCUCCGCGUGAAACGUUUAAAGCUGCAGCUUGUGUUUCUGAUCUGUAUUGAAUGACUCCUUAGCAACCAUCUCAGGCCCACUCACAUAGCUCCGCUUUUGACUCAAGUUUUUGUUAAAUCACCUGGAGAGGUUUUGUUGUUGUUUUUAAAUUGUCAAAAACAGACCGAAAUCUAUUCAAAUAAAAAAUGAGACUUUAAAAAUA